CACUCGCCCCAGCUCCUUCGCGCUAUAAAGGAAGUCCACCGGGCGCUCCGCUCCAGCACACCUCCUCGAAGUCCUAGCGAUCCGUUUUGCAGCUGUUCUUGGACUCCAGCCACCGCUUCAGCUCGUCAUGGAUCCCAACUGCUCCUGUGCCACCGGUGGCUCCUGCACCUGCGCCGGCUCCUGCAAAUGCAAAGACUGCAAAUGCACCUCCUGCAAGAAGAGCUGCUGUGCCUGCUGCCCGGCCGGCUGUGCCAAGUGCGCCCAGGGCUGCAUCUGCAAAGGGGCGUCCGACAAGUGCAGCUGCUGUGCCUGAUGCGGCGGAGAGCCUGCUCCCCGAUGUAAAUAGAACAACGUGUACAAACCCUGCAUUUUUUUUUUUUUUUUGGUACAACUCUGACCCGUUUGUUGUGUUCCCUUUGUUUUUCUAUGAAGAACAUGAAUGAUAAUAAAAGUUGUUGGCUUUA